UAUCGAACGCCUGCGACUAGUCAAACGACACCUCUCCAUUCUCGCGUAUUUCGACUCCAUCGCCUUCGCUUGACCAAUCACCGUCGAAAAUCGGCUCCCGACUCGGACCUGCGCCCACACGUUUUUCGUUUUCUAUUUUUUUGUUUCUCUCUUCGCUGGUUCUCGCGUUUUGUCCGUCCCGCGACCCGACGUUUUAUUAGAAUCCGAUGCUUUGCCGAGAAUAACUCGCGAGCGCGAACCUCUCUCGUUAUUGUUUUUUUUUUCUCCAUCCCGUUUAGUGUGUCAGUUAUGUGCGCGUGUGUAUGUGACUUAAUUGCGGAAUAAGUUUUCGAAAAUUUCCUCCUGCUGCCACCCCCCAACGACAUGUCGACCGUCGAACGAAAAGAGUACCACGAAACGCGAAUGAUGCGGGGCCGAUCCCCCGUAAGGGGCACGCGGACCUCCAACCACAACCUCGCCCACUUCGACUCCAACUUAGAUAACUUAUUGGAGGACCUCCAAAACUCCGUGUCGCGUCCGGGGAGCUCCCUGGGCCAAACGGCCACCUCCAGCUACAAGGAGACCUCCAAGUACGUGUCCGGCAGUUGUACGGAGGGUCACGGAGGUCGCACUAACUCUUUGGGUAGAGUCUCCCACCUGAAACCGUCCAAUCCGAUGACGGAGUUUUCGUCGGAUGAUGCCUAUAGUUACACCUCCCCAGAUGGACGGGAGAAGGUGCACACUUACAAGAAGGAGAAGUACGUGUACGGGAAGAAUGUGGUGGAAAGAGAUGUCGAACCGGAGCGGGCACGCAUGCAGAACAGUAUUAAUCAGUUGGAUUCGUUGCUGGACGACCUUCAGCAAGUGAAAAAGUCCUCUUACACAGAAAAAGAGUCUUUUGGCACCGAGUCAGGAUUUCAAAGUAAAUCGGUCAACAGGGAACUCCACUACGGAGACACCCCGCCCCCGUCCAAGAGUCGUACCAUAGAACGCACGGCGGAAAAGCGGGAGUACCGCCGAGAUACCGGGGAGGGCACCUACGGAGAUUUACGACCGAUACGCUCCCCCUCGCCCUCCUCCAGGACCUCCACCCUCACAAAACAAACGAAGGUGAGCAACGUGCACGAGUAUCCGCUCAGGGUGGUGGAGACUCCGGUGCCCGACAUCGAUCCGGAAGUGCUGGCCCACUUGGAUCCCAACUUACAUCCGGCGGGGAACACCAAGGUGACCACGACCAUUAAGACGUACACGUACGAGAUUCCCGGCUCGGGAAAUUAUCCCACGCAGGUGCGCGAGGACACCACGGUGAACGAACGGUAUUUGGAUCAGGUGGAGAGGUAUCCGAACGAUAGUAUCACCACUCCCAGUAAAAGUUUCGUGUAUAAUAAGGUGAGUUGUGGGGUGGGUGAUGGGGGCGUGGAGAACAAGGAGAACUACUACAAGGAGCACUAUCACCAGCCUCCAAAAGACGUAAAAACCUCUUCUUCUUAUAAAGAAAUCGUUCAGGAUGACGUGUAUUAUCCCCCGUAUCAAAAACCGGCCCCGCCGGCGGGCCAGACUACCCUCAAAGAAGAAAUCACCACCAUAAGGAACUAUCAGCCGGAAAUCCCCCGUCGCAACCAGACGUACGUGUACAACGAGUCCACCACCACGAAAAAUAUCCAGAAUACUUAUCCCCCGGCACCCCCACCCCCCGUCCAGGAAACUAGAGAGUACGUCAUCAAUAGGGAAACGAACGUGAUUAACCGGAACCAGCCUCCGAUGUCGGAAAGAGGAUAUCCGGUGUAUAAUCCGCCCACUUCCGGUCCGGAAACGAAAACUUACGUGCUAAAGGAAACAAACUAUCAAAACGGGGGUGGUGGUGGCGGUGGUUAUCCUAACAAGGAGGUGAACCCCCGGGAACCCAUUAAUAUCCAAUACAGUUACAAGUCCACCAAUACCACUCAAAAUAGGUAUAAGGGAGACUACCAGCCCGAGGAGACUCAAACUUUACUGCCGAGGAAAUUCCCCACCAGUAACACGGACGCCCCGGACGGUCCUCCGAAACGGAUCGACGAUUUAAUGGCCUCCAUUGGGCAAGAGCCGGCCAACAGUGCCCUAAACGCGAGUUUUACCGCCCACGAGAAGGAGGUGGCGCACAAAAGGGUGGCGGACACCCUGAGCCGGCGGCAAAACCCGGAGGCGGAAGAUUUACAGCAGAAAAAAGAGCCGCCGACGAAAAACGUGUCCGGGCCUCCGGUCUAUUAUCCGCCGGGGCACGAGAUGUUCGCCAAGAAGGAGGAGGAGGGAGGCGGAGGAGCCUGGAGGGCCCAGGGUGAAUAUGCCAAGGGCUCGGGCAAGUACAUGUACGAGGCGGAGAGCGGGUCCAAGACCAAAACGAAAUCGGGGAUGGCGGUGGUGCCCGUCUGUUUGCCCCUGUGCUGCGGUCUACCCUGCACCAUCAUCUAAUUACACCCCGCCCCCUCACCGUGGAAAUUCUCGAUGUGCCUUAACAAUUUUAACAUUUUCUUUUUUUUUAGGUGAUGAUUUUUUCCGGAUACGCUCCUGGUUGACACUUGUCACUUAAAUGACAGAUGAGUGGUUGCUUAUCUGUCACUAAUGACAUUAAUAAGUUGAGUACGACGCCUCUGAUCGACACUUCUGAGCUGUCACUUGUCAUAAGAUCGGUUGCUCAUCUGUCAUUUGAUUGACAAAUGACGUUGAGUACCAGGGGCUCAGCUGUACCGGUUUUUUUUUUACAUAUUUUUCUAUGACAUGUAUAUUGUAUAACAUUUUUAUUGUUUGUGUGUAUAUAUAUAUAAAUAUUUAAUUUUUUUUUGGUAAAACAGCUUUAAAUUUUUAUUACUUUGUAAUUAAUUAAACUGAGAUUAACUAGCUAA